GCCCACGGCCCCGGCGGCGGGCUCGUCGGUUGGCCAGCACGGCCGCCCGUCGGCGGCGCCGCGCGGGGUCAGAGGGCACGGAGACUUCUGGGUGUUCAAUGGUAGCAGCAUUUGGCCGUCCUGGGACAGUGAGGCUCUCUCCAGACUCGCUGUGGAAGGCGAGGACAGUGCUGGGCUCUCCUCCUCCUCCUUCUCCUCCUUUUUCUCCUCCUCUUCGUCCCGGAGCUCGGCUCCAUCUCCGGCAAGACGCUGGCGACUCACGGCUUCGGGGUGGCCAUGGCGGCCAUGGCGGCCAUCCCUCCACAGAGGUACCACUACUUCUUAGUGCUGGACUUCGAGGCUACCUGUGACAAGCCGCAGAUCCAUCCUCAGGAAAUCAUCGAAUUCCCCAUUCUGAAGUUAAAUGGUCAGACAAUGGAGAUUGAGUCCACAUUUCACAUGUAUGUGCAGCCGGCCGUCCACCCCCAGCUGACACCCUUCUGUACAGAGCUGACUGGGAUCAUUCAAGGCAUGGUGGAUGGCCAACCGAAUCUCCAGCAGGUGCUUGAGAGGGUUGAUGAGUGGAUGGCGAAGGAAGGCCUUCUGGAUCCGAGCGUCAAGUCAAUCUUUGUCACCUGUGGAGACUGGGACUUGAAAGUGAUGUGAGUAUUGGCCAUUGAGACCAUGGGCAGCAUCUGGGGAGGGGGACACCCAAGCAGGCCCUCAGAGGCAUGGCAGAGCCCCACUCUGUUCUAGGCCUUCUUCCCUGGGCCACACUCUGCUGCUGGCAGGUCCAGGCCAGACACACGGAACCAUGGUCCUGGAAAGGGGAAGAAUGGAACCCCCCCCCCUUCCCCUACUGUUGUGCCCAGACUUUGGGAAGCGAGUCCAUGGUGGUCCUCGAUGGGCUGAGGCACUGUGGGGGGCAUGCUUCCCCCCUUGGCCCCCGUCUGCAGGGAAGCUGUUUUCUGCCAUCCCUGGCUCUGAGGCUUCUGCUAGUCCUAGGGCUGGGAGGCCUACCAGAGGGCUGAGGGUUGUUUGCUGAGGAUCCUCUGGCUGAAGCAGGAGAGCUGGAAGGACCUCACUCCCGCCACCCAGCAACGUUUUCUCUUUGAGUCCCCCAGUGCUUGCUUGCUAGGAUCAUAAACUCGGAGCCGCCAGGGACCAUCAUGGCCCACCUCCUCAUUUAACAGACAAGGACGUGGAAUUCGAGUGAAUUUUCCAAGGUUGUUCAGGGAGGAAGUAUCAGAGGUGAAAACCGAACCCGGGUCUUGUCCCUCCAGAGCUGGGGCUGCCCUCUCUAUUAGAUGUUGAGAAGGUAGCGCCCCUGCCACCAACCUUCCCCCUCAGGGGAAACAAGUGAAGGAUGGGGGAGGGUCCCAUGUUAUUCCCCCAGCUCACACUCUUCCUCUUCUGGGCCCCAGAUGCACCCCCAUCCUCAGAGUCACAGACAGCCAUAUGGGAGGGGAAGAACCAUGUGGAAAAGGGUUGGAGGCUGCCAGGAGCUCUGGGUGGUUUGGUGGAGGCCUUUAGUGCAGAGAGGACACUGAAGGGUCAGACUCUGGUGGGGAAGAAGAAGUUAGAAUCGUGAUGAAAGCGGCUUGGGGGCUUAACUGGCCACAGGCCCUGCGGCUGUCUGCAUGUGCAACUCUCCCCAUGAAUGGCCCUUGCCAGGGCUGGGCGGGCUCUGGGGUUGGGAGAGGGAGGCAGUAGGAGGAUGGGGCCUCUUUUCUGGCCCCUCUGCCCCCAAGUCUCUGACAGUGCUCAUGGUGGGGGCCAGGCCAGCUGGUUCUGCUCUAGGAUCCCAGCUCUGGAUCCUCAGAAGGGCAGGGAUGGAGCCUGCUGAAGGGCAACAGGUUGGGAGCUCCCAGCUCUGGGUUGGAUGUGGCAUCUGUCGGGGAGCCCGGAGCCAGCUCGGGUCUGGUACCUGCCCAGGAGACAGGUGUGUCAGAAGGAAGCUGAUGGGCUGGGGAGGCCUGGGGCUGGCGGGCCCGUGACUGCCACUUAGCAGCCAGACCCAGGUUAGCUGUUGGGGAGGCAGCCUCUUAAUUAAAUGUCAAACAAAAUCAAAGCCGCCCGGGCGGACGUCCACUCCAUGUCCGUGACAGCGCAUCCGAUGCUGCGGUGUCCCCGUAACCGCCCUUCUGGGGCUCCGCUCGCCUCCACGCCGGCUCACAGAGGGUGUUCUUAUCACAUGGGCUGCUAAACUGACCUCCGUAGCUUGUUAGUGGCGCGGCUGCAUCUUGUCGGCGGGCAGGUUCUCCCUGCAGUCCCUGGGAGCGGGGCGGCAUUCUCCCGGCUCUCCCACCCUGGCUGAGGCAUGCGGUCUACCUGAGCAGUGAGACUUGUCCCCUCAGUGGCGCCCGGUGCUCCUAUCUUAGCUUCUGUGGACGUGGAGGGUUAUUAGUGGGGGCUGAUGCCCAGCCCCUCCUCCUGGCCCUGCUGCCGUCCCCCGCCCUCCGCCCCCUGCCCCCAACCUGCCUCCCAGGCAGAGCUGAGUGUGGCCUUUGCCAGUCAGGCUGACACACAGUACGUGGCCCUGGUUUGUUUCCUCACCAAGUGGCCAAAGCCCAGCUCUGGGGGCUCCAGGGACACCCUGGCUGGGCUGGAUUGGUGGAUUCGAUUCUGGAGUUAGCAUCCGCGAGCUUCCUGGCCGUGGGAGGGAGGGCAAGGAGCGGGAGAUGGCGCGGAGAGCGACCGGAGAUUGCUCCUGCUCCCCUCUUCUCACUCGGCCCCAUUACUUGGGGCUGGGGGCGGGCAGGGGGCACAGCAGCCUGCCUGUCCUUUCUGCUUCUGCCUAGACACGUGACUGACUUAGGCCUGGCAGCCUCUGUGGGCGAGACUGCCCCUCCCCCCAGCAGGGCCAGGAGAGACGGGCUCCUCCGAGCCCCUGGAGUAGAAGGGGAUGGUGGUGGGCUCUGUGCCCCCAGGGCCAAGGGGCAGGCUUCCAGAGAUGCACCUUGCUGGGUGCCCCCCAGCUGGGGGCCUCAGCCUGUCAGCCCUUGUCCAUUUCCUUUGACCCUCAGAUCUCGGGUGGGG